AUGAGGGUCAACGUCAACAUAAGCUUCACGCCCAAUGACUGGCAGGUUAGUCCACGGGAAAGCCACCCAUUCCUCCAGGAUGUUCGUACAGCAGUACACAAGUACAGAAUAACGUCAGCCACCCGCUUCAGUAUCCCAAUUGAAGUGGCCCAGUCUCAGUCACAGCAUUUGGAACGCUCAGAAAAGCUCGCGAACUUUGCUUUGUGGGUCGGCUUCUACAACUUCAGUGACAGACCCGUAUUCACCGCUUGUCGUCUUAAGAGCUGGUAUCGGAAAGGUACCCGGCGUGUUACCGACGAAGUUGAGGUAUAUAUGAAGAAAAUAGGGAGGUACAUCCCUCUGGAAAGUUUCUUGGAGAAGACGUUCCCUACCUUCAGCGAAAUACCAGUCGGCGACCAAGUCAUGUUCCAGUGGUGGAAGACGAACGGCGAAACCUUCAACUGGUCUGGUCUACCCACCGAGCUCAAAGAACGCAUCAUUUGCUUCUGUAUGCACCAAUCUCAUCCACGUGCUCUGUCCAGAAGACCUAUCAAAGGCGCGCCAGAAGUCACUGCUCAGUUUGGAGCGUGGACGCCCUUGCUCGGUGUGUCCCACCAAGUCCGCGCGAUAUGCCUGCGCUUGUGCUUCGUAGGCAGCAGUGACUUGCAGUAUGGCAAAGGACUAUGCAUAGACGUCAAAGGUCACCGCGCCUUCAAAGACUGUAUGCGGCGCUUGGGGAAAUGCUUCCAGAUGCUGGAGCCGGGGCAUCUUCCGUCGACCGACAAGACAUGGCAGCUAGCAGAGACGUACAACCACUAUCCUCGCAUCUACCCUCACCUAUCCCGAUACGCGACUUUGCGCCACGCGAUCCGCAAGAUCAACCUGCAGCUCUCUUUCCUUGACUCGAUGCACUUCUUCAAGGUCACGAUAGGCUCGUUUGCACAGUAUUUCCAGCAGUUUCGCCUCGAUUACGGGAUCUUUGGCCAACUACCUUGUCUGAAUGAGAUUCGCAUCCAGUUGCCAAAUGCGAGGGGAUAUCUGGCUGAUGGACCGCACCAGCAGGGUCCUCGGCUGUUUUAUGGGGACCCAUUCAAUUGCCCGAGGAUACUACAUCGUAUUGUUUAUGAAAAAGCUGCGGAGGCGUUGGCUACAUAUGAGAACGUCACUGUGUAUGGGUUUAUGGAUGAGGUGGAGAAGGAGAGCUUUUGUAAGCUGAGGGAUGAGGAGAGGAAGAAGAUGAGAUUCACGGUAGAGGAACUCGAGGAGCUGUACAGGGAGGAUGGGGGCGGUGUUGAGCUUGAACAAAGUAUCAUUCCUGGUGUACAAGAAGAGGAGGCAGAAGAGCUUGAGUGGUCUAUCAUACAAGAUGCCUUUUGGCCACCGAAAUGCCGGUGCAAGGUCAGGUGCAGGAAGGUCUUGUAUCCAGACACGGUCUGA